UUUGCUCAAUAGGUCAAGUCCGAAUCUAACCCUUUUCUUGAACCUGCCCUCAAUUAUGUAGCUUUCCUUUUUCUGUUUCUCUGCAGUGUGCUCUCUUUUGGGUGCUUCCUCCUUUACUCAGCCAUCUAGAUCUUCAAGUCUUCUCUCUUCAUCCCUCUAUAUCCUCUAAAGGCAUAAUUUUUAGGUUCAUCUUACUUGCAGAGAGAAGAAGAGAUGGUGAGAGGGAAGACUCAGAUGAAACGCAUAGAGAACGCCACAAGCAGACAAGUGACCUUCUCAAAGAGACGAAAUGGGUUGCUCAAGAAGGCAUUUGAGCUUUCAGUUCUGUGUGAUGCUGAGGUGGCUCUUAUUGUUUUCUCUCCAAGAGGGAAGCUUUAUGAAUUUGCCAGCUCCAGCAUGCUGGAGUCAAUUGAACGAUACCGCAAACAUACCAGGAAUAACGUGCAAACAGCACAUGCAUCAGUUGAACAAAAUAUGCAGCAUUUGAAGGAAGAAGCAACAAUCAUGAUGAAGAAGAUUGAUAUUCUUGAAGAAACAAAACGGAAACUCUCUGGAGAAGGUUUGGGAUCUUGCUCCAUUGAAGAACUACAACAAAUAGAACAGAAGUUGGAGAGGAGCAUAAGAAGUGUUCGAGCAAGAAAGUCUCAGGCUUACAUGGAACAAGUUGAGCAACUAAAAGAAAAGGAAAAAGUGCUAGUGGCAGAAAACUCCAGGCUCUCUGAGAAGUAUGGUAUUGGUCCAGAGCCACCAACACUGGAUCAGAGAGCAAAACCAAGAAUGGAUCUUCAUAGAGAAAGCCAACCCCAGUCUUAUGGUGAAAGUAGUUCAAGUUCAGAUGUGGAGACUGAAUUGUUCAUUGGUCUUCCAGAAGCGAGAAUAAGGCGCAUUUCUCCCAAGCUUAAUUAGUUGAAGAUCAUUUAAUCCCUGACUAUGAAAAACUAAAUAAGCGUAACCUUAACUGCCUAAAUAUCAAUGUAUAUUAAUAUAGGUUUCCUAAUGCUCUAAGAUAAUAAUGGUGAUUGUGAGAAUGACUUGCUUCAUAAUAUCCCCAAACCUGUGGUCUAAGCUGUAUUAAACUUGUAUUCAGACUCAGCAUUCAGCACUUUCACUUCUGCUGCAUGAUUUUCCUUAAUCCUCCUGACAUUUCCCAAUUAAGAUCAGAAAUUUUUAUA